GUGUGUGUGUCUGUGUAACGCUCUCUCAUGUACACACAGUCACAUACUCAAAGAAGCUGAUACACGAAGUAAACAAGAGGACAAGCACGUAGAUAAGGUGGUGGAACCACCUCUUUUUUAACCUUUCUCUGUUUCCCCAAGCAAAAAGCAUACCUUUUCUAACCUUCUUUCUCACCGUCCUCUACUAAACCAAUCUAAUAGAAAAGCCCCAAUCAAAAAACCCAAAUCUCCAAGCAAAGUCACCCUUUCUGCUUUAUAUAAGUUUGAUCAUUACAUGUGAACACUUUUACCUUUUCUUUCUUGCACUCUACAAUAUUGAUCCUUUUCUUCUACUGUUAUUUUAAUUAAUGGGAUUUUUUUUUUUAGUCUUUGUCCACACGCUAGAGAUUUUUUGCACAAUUUAAUAAUGUAAUGAAAAAAUUUAAGAGCAUAGAUAUGUUCAAUUCUUUGAGGUUGUUUACAAGGCUAUGUUUGGAAUUAAUUCAUUUAAAGGGAAAGAAUUGUUGAGAGAUUCUGUGUCUUUCUUUGUUGGGGUUGUGCACACUAUAUGUUUGUUGUUUUGAUGUACUUGUGGCCUACAUUCUACAUGGAACUUGUUUUCUGCAAAUGGGUCUUUGCGUUUCUACUGUGUUGUUGGCUUAUUUUCUCUGUUGCAUGCUCAGUGGAGGGAUUACACGGGGAUGCUAAAGUAAGGGGGGUGAAUUUGGGUGGAUGGUUGGUGGUGGAAGGGUGGAUUAAGCCUUCUUUGUUCGACGGCAUUACUAAUGGAGACAUGCUUGAUGGUACACAGGUGCAAUUCAAAUCAGUGACACUGCAGAAGUAUGUAAGUGCAGAGAAUGGUGGAAGCGCGAAUGUUACAGUGGACAGAGAUGUUCCGUCUUCGUGGGAAACAUUUAGAUUAUGGAGAGUUUCUGAUUCAGAGUUUCAGUUCCGCACCUCUCAAGGCCAAUUUCUAACAUGUGAUGGUGAAGGGUGCUCUGUCUCUGCAGUCGCAGAUUCGCCAUCAACAAAGGAGACAUUUUACAUUGAAAGAAACAAUAACAAUAGGGUUCACAUCAGACUUAAUAGCAGAACUUAUCUGCAUGCUUCAAUAGCAAACCAGCUCACAGCAGACUAUCCAGGGACACCAGGAUGGGAUGAUAAUGCAGCUACUUUUGAAAUGACAAUUGUGGCAAAUAACUUGCAUGGUGAUUACCAGCUGGCCAAUGGCUACGGGCGCGAAAAGGCCAAAGAAAUUCUUAAGAAGCAUAGAAACAGCUUUAUCAAUGUAGAAGAUUUUAAUUUUCUGUAUAGACAUGGAAUUAAUACAGUGAGGAUUCCUGUUGGCUGGUGGAUAGCUUAUGAUCCUAAUCCUCCAGCUCCUUUUAUUGGAGGAACUUUGGAAGCUCUGGAUAAUGCAUUUUCAUGGGCACAAGCCUACGACAUAAAAUGCAUUAUCGAUCUUCAUGCUGCUCCGGGCUCUCAAAAUGGUAUGGAACAUAGUGCUAGUAAAGAUGGUUCAACAGGCUGGCCUACAUCUCCAGAUUUCAUCUCACAGACAUUGCAUGUUAUAGAUUUUCUAGCAUCCAGGUAUGCCAGGCAUCCUACUUUGCUGGGAAUUGAACUUCUAAAUGAACCGUCUGCCGCAACUGUUCCACUGGAUAUCUUAGUAUCAUAUUACAAAAAAGGUUACCAAAUCGUUCGGAAAUACUCUUCCACGGCUUACGUGAUAAUGUGUCAAAGAAUUGGCAAUGCAGAUCCAUUAGAACUUUAUCAAGCUAACAUAGGCUCAGUAAACACAGUGGUGGAUUUGCAUUACUAUAAUCUCUUCGACACUUUCUUCGUUAAUAUGAGCUCUGUGGACAAUAUUCAAUUCAUUUACAAGAGCAGGGAAAGCCAACUACAAGCUCUAAAUAGCGCAAAUGGCCCUCUUGUUUUUAUCGGGGAAUGGGUGAAUGAGUGGAAUGUAACAAGUGGUUCUCAACUUGAUUAUCAAAAUUUUGGCAGAGCCCAGCUAGAGGUUUACAAUGCAGCUUCCUUUGGAUGGGCUUAUUGGACACUCAAAAAUGACAGAAAGCACUGGGACUUUAAAUGGAAUAUUCAGAACAAUUUUCUCCAGCUGGGUUAUUCACCAGCCAUGCAAAAAUCUUACAUCCUGGAGUUGCUUGGAUUGGCAUGCAGCUUCUUCUUUCUGCAUCACACAUUGUAAUAGCUCACACCAAAUUCUGAGAGUUGAAGAUAUGGAUCGAGAUACGGGAAGUUAUUUGUUCUUUGUUGCUUAACCAUCACACUCAAAUAUUUUGCGAAUUUGAAGGUGAUGCGAAAAAUAAUGUUGUAAGAACAGAGUACCAAAACAAAGUGUGAAUGAUGCUGUAAAACCUUGAGGCUACAAUCUCUAACAUUCAAUAAUACAAAAAUGGAGAAUUUUCUCCUGUUGUAGUUUCUCUAGCAA